AUGCGGUGUUCUGAAAACUACAUAAUCCCUGAGGAAUUGUGUCGAAACUGUAGGGUUUUUUUGAAACUUUUUAAUUGAAAAAUUGUUCGUUCCUUAUAAAUCUCAAUUAGUUGUAUAUUGAAAUAAGCCUCUCUGGAAAUAGCUAGAAUUCAAAAAAAAAAGAUUUUUUUUUUCAGUUCAUCAUUUCAAAAAUAAAGUCGUACUUUCUUGAAGCUUUCUAGCUGGAAAUUCUUGAGUUCCUAGGGAUUCUCGAUGAUGAGGAUUAUGUUUUUUCAAGAUAGUUGAGGUUUUCAGGCCGAAAAACCAGCAAACUGUCCACCGAAAGAGGCCGAAAAACGGCAGAAAGAAGAGCAGAAACUGAUAGAUGAAGCCUUGCCGCUGACCGACGAAGAACAUCUCGAAAAAGCGGACCUUUUGACCCAAGGCGUCACCGAUUGGACCAAAAGAGAGUUCCAGACUUUUGUCAGGGUAAAUUCGAAGCGAAAGUGAUCGGAAUAGAAGUUUUGCCUCAGGGCAAUGAGAAAUAUGGCCGCUUGGACCUUGAAAACAUCGCCAAAGACUUGGAAAAGCCGCUCGCCGAAGUUCAGGCCUACGCCAAGGUCUUCUGGCAAAGGUUCGACGAGCUGCAGGACGGCGAGAAGAUUCUGGCGCAGAUUGAGAAGGUAAAAGAAUUUAUUGGCAGAAAAAAAAUUUUUGUUCACAAAUUGUAAAGAGCUCAGUAUUUUUGAAACUCUAUAUAGCGUUUUUUUUCUGCGAACUGAAGUUCCACUGGAAGGUUAUAAAUAACGGCCAGCACCUUUCCAGAAGGUUUCAGAAAGAUCAAACUCCAUACAAGGAAUUUUUGAUGAAAAAAGGGUUUUUUGUAUCUUUUCUGGAAGAUCUGUAGAUAUUGUGCUCUCUAGGUGAAAAAAAAAGUUCAGAAAGUCCGUUAGAAAGUUUUUUUUUUGAUUUUUAACGCUUUAAAGCUCUAUAAGAAGGUCGCUGACGUCUUUUAAAGACGGACAUUUUUUAACAGAUAAAAGUUAGACACUUGACAAAGGCCGAGUUUUCUUCAGAUUUCUGGGUCAUGCAAGAUAGUUUUUUCCUAGUUAUAAGUUCGAAAAAUGAAGUUUAAAAUUAUCUUGAAAGUACAGAGCUUUUUCUCUUUUUUUCCAGGCUCAGUAAGGAGUUUUCUGACGUUUUUUUAAAGGACGUAUGUUUUAUUAUAAGAAAAAAAUAAGAAAAAAAUUGUCAAAUCUCGAGUUUAGUGCAGACUUUUGACAAAAACAGAAUGAUUUUUUUCACCAAUUUUAAGUUUGGAAAAGGGGUUUUUACGUUUUAUUGAGAAUAGCUGUAGAGCUUUUACUCCUUGUUUUAGCUCAAUAUGGGAUUUUCUAGCGUUUUAAAAAAAAAUCAUUCUGUAGAUAAAAGUUUGAAAAAAUUUGAAAAAAAGGACGAGUUUAUUUCAUAUUUUUCGGGCUAUGCAGGAUAGUUUUUUCCUAGUUUUUUGUUUGGAAAAAGAAUUUCAGGUUUUAUUGAGCUUAUGCGAUGAUAAUUUGAAUUUUUUUGCAUUUAAAAAAUUCAUCAACUUUUUCAUAGUGAGGGAUUACGGUUAGUUUGAGAAAAAAGUAGUCCAAAAAGUUGAAAAUUAGCCUGAAUCUGUAGAAAAUCGAGAGGGUUUCCGAUUUUUUUUUGCAUUUAUUGAAUUAAAAAAAUCAUCAACUUCUUCCUAGAGAGGGAAUACAGUUAUUUCGAAAUAAAAAUGCUUCAAAAAAAGUUGAAAAAUUAUACUGAAUGUGUAGGACGUUAGGAAUUUCUCGCAUUUUUUUAAAUAAAAAACUCAACAACUUUUUUUCCUAGUGAGGGGUGAUGGUUGGUUUGAGAGAAAAGUAACCCAAAAAGUUGAAAAUUAACCUGAAUCUGUAAAGGAUUGGGAGUUCUCUGCAUUUUUGUUGAAUUAAAAAAUUCAUCGACAUCUUCGUAUUGAAAGAUUUGGGAUAGUUUGAAAAAUAAGUGAUCAAAAAGUUGAAAGUUAACCUGAAUUUUAUGUUAUUUUUGUUCUGCCUGUAAAUAAAUAAUAUUAUAUUAUUAAUUUGUAGAGAAAAAUUCGAUUUAUGGAAGUAAACCUAGUACUUUUUAAAAAGUAAACUCUUCCAACAUGAUAAUUGAAUCAAAAACGGACCAUACAUAUAUUUUUCUCUGUUAGGGUGAAGCAAGAAUCCAACGCCGUCAAUCGGUGAAAAAGGCUCUCGACGCGAAAAUCGCCAAAUACCGUGCACCUUUCCAUCAGCUCCGUAUCGCUUACGGUACCAACAAGGGCAAAACUUAUACCGAGGAGGAGGAUAGGUGAAUUAGUUACUUUUUAGGUUAGCAAUGAAUCCUUGACUUCAGAUUCCUGGUCUGUGAGCUCCAUCGACUUGGAUUCGACAAGGAGACGGUCUACGAAGAACUGCGACAGUCGGUCCGGAUGGCCCCGCAGUUCAGAUUCGAUUGGUUCAUCAAAAGUCGCACGGCGAUGGUAAGCAAAUCAUCUUCUUCUCUUGCCUUCGUACUGCUCGAGUAGGGUUGGGGCGAGAACCGGCCAUUGUCAAGCCCGACACUGCCCGGAAAGCCCGAGACCCCAAGCAAAAAAGCACAUGUCUGUCCUAUUGGUUCAUGAAAAUCUUCUUUUUCUUGUACCGCUUAAGCGGCCUAAGGUAGAUUAGGUUUGUAUGAGGGUCGGCCCUUUUUAAGCCCGAUCCUGCACGGAAAUCCCGGGACCCCAAGCAAAAAUGCCCGUCCCAUUGGUUCAUCAAAAUAUUCUCCUUCUUGCGCCUUUGUACCGCUUGAGCGGCCUAGGGUAAAUUAAGCUUGUGUGAGGCGGCCCUUUUUGAGCCCUACCCUGCCCGUGAAUCCCGGAACCUCAAGCAAAAAAGCACAAGCUCGUCCCAUUGGUUCAUGAAAAUAUUCUUCUUCUUGUACCGCUUAAGCGGCCUCGAGUAGAUUAGGCUUGUGUGAGGGUCGGCCCUUUUUGAGCCCGAUACUGCCCGGAAAUCCCGGGAUCCCAAGCAAAAAAGCCCGUCCCAUUGGUUCAUCAAAAUCUUCUUCUUCUCUGGCCUUUUUACUGCUCGAGUAGGGCUUGGGCGAGAACCGGCCAUUGUCAAGCCCGACACUGCCCGGAAUGCCCGGGACCCCAAGCAAAAAAGCACAUGCCCGUCCUAUUGGUUCAUGAAAAUUUCAUUUUUUUUUUGUACCGCUCGAGCGGCCUCUAGUAGAUUAGGCUUGUGUGAGGGUUGGCCCUUUUUAACCCCGAUCCUGCCCGUAAAUCCCGGGACCUCAAGAAAAAAAGCACAGGCCCGUCCCAUUGGUUCAUGAAAAUCUUAAUCUUCUUGCGCCUUCGUACCGUUUGAGCGGCCUCGAAUAUACUAGGCUUGUGUGAGGGUUGGCCCUUUUUAAGCCCGGAUCCCAAGCGAAAAAGCAUAGGCCCGUCCCAUUGGUUUAUGAAAAUCUCCUUCUUCUUGCGCCUUUGUACCGCUUGAGCGGCCUCGGGUAGAUUAGGCUUGUGUGAGGGUCGGCCCUUUUUGAGCCCGAUCCUGCCCGGGAUUCCCGGUACCUUGCAAAAAAGCACAGGCCCGUCCCAUUGGUUCAUGAAAAUCUUCAUCUUUUUGUACCGCUUGAGCGGUCUUGAGUAGAUUAGGCUUGUGUGAGGUCGGCCCUUUUUGAGCCCUACCCUGCCCGGCCUUACCGGGCCCUGGUCAAAUAUCAGACUUUUCCAAGAGAAAAGUCACUUUUUGGUUCUCCCUUCCACUAGGAUAUCAGCAAAAAUGAAUUAACAAGUGAAAAAAAUUUUUUUGGAGAAAAAAAUUUCGAGAAGAAGCUAGGCCUGGCCUGGGCCCGCGUUUGCUUUUCGCAAAAAAAUGCGCCAGGGGGUGGUGAUUUCCUAAACCCCUUGGUUGUGACGCGACCAGGGAUCUAACUUGUGACCCUUGUCACCGUAGACAGACACACAACCUGUUGCGCUACGGCGCUAUAGUAUACACCAAAGAUUCAAAAAAGUGAACACAAAAAAAAAAUUAAAAAUUGCAUAAAAAGGAAUGAGUCGAUUCGACGCAAUCGCUCAUUUUGUUUAUGAGAUUUUUAUUUUGAUGAAUGGAUUUUUUUUUUCUCACAUCACUUAGGAGAGAAUCAAAAAUAAGAUUUCGAAAGUAGUUUUUUUCAUUUCAUUGAAUUUCCUAGUUCUCUAGGGACGAAUAACAGUACUGAAAAGCAAUAUUAGUCAUUAGAAAUUUUGAAUUUUUGAAAAAAGAAUUUCAGAUUUUUAGUACAGUUUUUGACGGAAAAUAGGACUGUACGAUUUGAAAAUGAAUAAAACUUUUUUUGGUCGAAAAUCAAAAGCAAAAAUAACACGAAAAUCAGCUUGUCCCUUUUGAGACCGUUAUGGAUGUGGUUUGUGCUUUAUUCUGAUCUCAGACAUAUCCUGAGAAGGUAAAUGGAAGCCAGGUCUCUCUAGAGGCGUUCAGAAGGUUCUUGGAAGGUAAAAAUUGAAUAUUCCGGGCAGCUUGCCCAAAGCCUUCCAGCAGGCUUUUAACAGGUUAGUAGAAGGUGUUAGGAAGACGUUUAACCCCUUUCUGGAAAUCUUCUGAACAUCUUCUAAGCAACUGAUAGUACUCAGGCAAUUCCUGAGAACGUAUUGGGAAGGUAACCAGCAGAAAGUUGGAGGCUGAAUAGAAGCUUGAAGAUCUUGAGGAGGCCUUCGGAAAGCGUUCAGAAGGUAUUUGGAAAGUCCUUGAAAUUGAAAACUCCGCGCAGCUUGUCGGAAGCCUUCCGGCAGGUUAGUAAGAGGUGCUGGAAAUGCGUACAGCCUUGCUGAAAAACUUCUGAACGUCUCCCAAGAAACCGAUGAUAGAAGCUUCCCAAAAGCUUCCUAGAAUCUUCCGAAAACCUUCCCGGAACUUGAUCGAGUACAUUGCAGCAAACUUUUUCGUUCUCCUACAGCUCAAAAAAAAAUUUUCUUCUCGAUUUUCAAUGUUUCCAGGAGCUCCAACGUCGAUGCAACACGCUGAUCACGCUGAUCGAGAAGGAGAUGGGCGAUUCGACGGAGACGAAGAAGAGGACGACGCAGAAGAAGGAGCCGGCGGCGACGACGUCGACGCCGCCGAAAGCUGCGCCGAGGAAGAGCGCCAGCGGCGGAACUCGUGGCCGUCCCGCCAAAUCUUGA